AUGAGUGAAGACCAACAUUCUGCAUCUUCUACUUUAUCGUUAUCUAGUGAUGCAGCUCCAAAGAUCGGUAAUCCUGGCCCACUUGGUCUGUCCAGUUUUGCUCUUACUACUUUUGUUCUUUCCCUUUACAUUGUUGGAGCUCGCGAAGUUACGCACCACAACAUAAUCGUAGGGUUAGCCUUAUUCUACGGAGGCAUUGUACAGAUUUUAGCUGGAAUGUGGGAAUUCAAAGUCGGCAACACAUUUGGCGCUACCGCUUUCUCUUCAUAUGGUGGAUUUUGGCUUUCCUAUGCAACAAUUCUAAUCCCAGGGUUUAAUAUUGCCUCCGCAUACGCAUCUAAAUCCGAAUUGGAACAAGCACUUGGAAUUUACCUACUUGGCUGGACAAUCUUUACGUUUCUUUUGUUCUUGACCACAUUUAAAUCGAAAGGCUCCAUAUUUGUAUUGUUUUUCUUUGUAACAAUAACAUUUGUCUUAUUGACUACUUCAAAGUUCCAAGAGAAUUCCGACAUUGAGAAAGCCGGUGGCAUUAUGGGUAUUAUUACUGCACUUCUCGCUUGGUAUAAUGCAAUGGCUCAAUUAUGGACGCACGAAAAUUCUUACUUUACGUUACCUGACUUCGACAUGAGACGAAAGAGCAAAUAG